GCCCGCAACUGCCAACCUGGUGUACCUGGAGCUGGAAGCUGCUUCCAUUUUCGGCAGCAACACCCACUCAGGCAGCCACGACCAACACUCUGCGCGAUACCGCCCACGACGCCCCGGCCACCACCAUGUCGAAGGGCACAAAGUACCUGCUGGUGUCGUUGCCGACGUCCAUCUCGCCGAGCAACCACGCCGACGAGGCCCUGACAGCCCUGCGCUCGACUGUCACCAAUGACGUCGGCUCGACCUCCCCGUUCGCGAUCCCCGAAUUCAAGAUCGGCACUCUGGAUGCGCUGGUGCAGCAGGCCGACGACCUUGCAAAGCUCGAGCAUGCCUGCCACGGCGUCGUUGGCAAGGUGGGGGACAGCCUGCGCACCAUCCUGGACGGCGACGAAGACAAGGUGCAGCAGCAGAAGACGAUCAACGACAAGCCCGUGGAGCAGUACCUGCGCACGUUCCAGUGGAACAAGGUCAAGUAUCGCGCAGACAAGCCCAUUGCAGACCUGAUCGAUCUGCUGCAGAAAGAGAUCCAGGGCAUCGACAACGACGUCAAGGCCAAGUUCAGCCAAUACAACCAGACCAAGUCGGCCCUCGCCGCUGCAGAGCGCAAGAAGACCGGAAACCUGGCCACCAAGUCGCUCGUCUCGGUCGUCAAUCCCAACUCGCUGAUCCGCGACUCGGAUUACCUCGACACCCACCUCAUUGCCGUGCCCAACGUGGCUGUGAAGGACUUUUACAAGUCGUACGAAGAACUCACCCCCAUGGUCGUCCCCCGCUCUGCCAACCAGCUCGCCAAAGACGACGAGUUCACAUUGUUCGCCGUCACCACCUUCAAGAAAAACUCGACCGAGUUUGUGCACAAGUGUAGAGAAAAGCGAUGGACGCCUAGAGACUACAAGUACAAGGAGGGCGGGAAGGAGGAAGAAGCAAAAGAGGCAGACCAGCUCACCCGAGACGCACAGAAGCAGUGGGGCGAGGCUUUGAGACUGGGGAGGACAGGAUACAGCGAGAGCGCCAUGAUCUGGAUCCACGUGCUUGCGUUACGCGUCUUUGUUGAGACGGUAUUGCGGUAUGGUCUGCCGCUGGACUUUGUCUGCGGUCUCAUCCAGACGGACGCGAAAUCAGCCAAGAAGGCAAAGAGCAAUCUCGACGCAAACUACUCGUACCUGGGCGGCAACGCUUUCGGGCGCGACAACAAGGGUCGCGUCAAGAAGGACGACUCAGCCUUGACAGCUGAGAUGCAGUCGUCCGGACACGCUGGUGAUCAAGAGUACACCGCAUACGUUUACUACGAGUUCGAGGUCGUAUAGACAGGGAGAUUUGAAACAACAGCAUCAUCAGUGCAUGUAUAGAAGACAAGCGAGCAAUGCCACCCAUUUCCAGAGCAAGGCUGCG